ACGAAAUCUGUUACUAAAGUUACCAGUGCCAGUUAAGAGAAGGGCAGGAUGGACAGCUUCCCUGUGGAGAAUCUUACCUGUACAAUAUGCCAUGACAUUUUUACUGACCCCGUGUCUUUGAAGUGUAGCCAUACCUUCUGCCAAGAGUGUCUGCGACAGUACUGGAAAGACCGGGAUGUGUUGUUGUGUCCCGUCUGCAGAAAGGAAUGUUCAUCUGAGGAACCCACACAAAGCCUGGCCUUCAAGGAUCUUUGUGAGUCAGUUAAAAUAAGGUCAGCGGUCGGUCUACCUGUUGUUCAGUUGGACCAGCUAUGUCCCCUGCAUGGCGAGAAGGUGAAAUUGUUUUGUGUCGAGGACAAGCAGUCUAUUUGUGUCAUCUGCCACACAUCCAAGAGACAUAAAAACCACACCUGCUCUCCCAUCGAAGAAGUUGUGGAAGACUUAAAGCAGGAAAUAGAAGGUGGUUUGACUACUUUCCAUCAAAGUCUGCAUACUCUGAAGCAAAGGGAAGAUGAACUUCAAAACAUUUCCACACACAUGCAGAAUCAAGCUGAAUCUGCUGAACUUCAUAUAAUUAAGCAGUUUGAAAAACUUCACACAUUCUUAAAUGUGCAAGAAGCAGUCAAGCUUCAGGCCCUGAGAGACGAGAAAGAAAAGAAAAGCAGGGCAAUGGAGGACAGAAUGGAAAGACUUCGGGGAGAGAUCAGUACUUUGCAGGAAACUAUUGAGACAAUAAAAAAGGAAAUGGCGUCCGACCACAUCCAGUUUCUACAGUCCUACUAUUCAAGUCCACACAGGCUCCAGUGUGAAACAGAAGAGCCAGAGAAUUUGUCAGGCUGCCUGAUUAACAUGGUACAACAUGUAUGCUCUCUGAAUCAUCAGCUAUGGACAGAGUCAUAUCAGAGAUACAAUCCAAUGGUUCUGGACCCAAACACGGCCGCUCCCAAACUCAUCAUCUCUGAAGAUCUCACUUCACUUACAUACACUGAGGACAAGCAGAAGGUUCCUGAAAUCCCAGAGCGAUUCAUUAUAGGUGUGCUGGGGUCCAAAGGGUUUACUACUGGUCGUCACAGUUGGGAUGUGGAGGUUGGUGACAAUGACUUCUGGGUGCUCGGUGUGGUGAAGAAGUCUGUCUGUCGGAAGAAGCUGAUGAAAUUCCAGCCAGAGGGUGGAAUAUAUUGCAUUCGAUACAUCAGUGGGAAGUAUCGGGUGGGCGUCAAGGCAAAGAUGGAGAUCAAGGUGACCAAGAGCCCUCAGAUGAUUCGAAUUGAGCUGGACUAUGAGCGUGGGCAGAUAACAUUUUCAGACCCAAGCGCAGAUGUUACUCUGUGCACCUUUAACCAUGCUUUCAAUGAGAAGCUUUCCCCUUACUUCAGUACUGGAAGUCUGAAAUGUCCACUACGCCUCUGCUUUCCAGAACAGCCUUAAUGCAGCAGCACAUUAUUUAAUUGUAAAUGAUGAUGAAAUGGAUUGUUGGCUAAUUAUGUGUACUGCUAUGUUCGUAUGUAGCGGAAACACUAUAAGGUUAAUGAGGCUGUGGUUAGUCCUGAAACAAUAAAAACAAAUCUAUGACACAACUGCUCCAUUUUGACUUUUAUUUAA